GCAGAUUAGAUGAUCCUGAGACAAUGGAGCCUACAGACAUCUACAUGAAUCAGCAGCUGGACACUGUACAAACUUGGAAAUCCAAGAAAAAGAGGGACCCAGAAGCAGGCCGCGCGGAGAAGAAAGAUGACCCAGACUAUGAGAACGUCACCAUGACCUUCAAGAGGCAGCAUGAUCUCGGCAACCAGUCUUCACCCCCAGCUGGCCCAGCCCCCAUUGCCCCGGGGCUGUCCAGGCUCUCAGUCCCCAGAUGGGUGCACAAGUCCAUCAUGAGCCUCUACAUCCUGCUGGUCUUCAGUUUCAUGUUGUCCAUCAUCUUCUUCUUGCUGGUCCUGGUGAAGAUUUCACAAGUGUCCCAGGAGCUGGAGGAUGUGAAGCUGGCUCUCUCCAAUAGCAUCCAGAAUGAGCUCAAUAAAACUGCCAUGAAUUUCUCCAGUCGGAUGGACAUAUUUGAAUCACAAGUGAAAACUCUGAAGGGGAAAUUCCAAAAUAACUUAGCCCUCUCUAACCAACUGAAGAAACUGGAAUCGAACUUGAAAAAUCUGACGGAACGUCUUGCACCACCUUCCUGAGGAACCAGCGAGGGAUGAAACAGGAAAUCUGGACAAGGAUAGAGCUGGGGUGGGUCGAGGGGGUGGAAGGGUUGAGGGGAAAAAUCGCUUCAGUUUUGAAUUUCAACGGGCUGGGCCACCCCUCAAAACCGACCAGAGGGGCCGGGGGGAGGGGGGGGAUUCAUGACCGCUCUGCUCCUUAGAGGAGUGGGCAACUGGAUGCCCAGGCUCUACUCCUAGCUCUGCCUCACACUCUUGGCCUCGGUUUUCUGCUCUGUGAAACGAGCCCAAUGCCCAUCCCAUCGUCAGGAUAAAGACGCCUGCAAAGUGCUUUGAAAUCUGUGAAAGAAACUUUCAAGAGGAGACCUGUGUUGGGAUUCUUCACUGAAUCGACUGGAGACGGAAUCUGGGCUGUGGGGCACAGUUUCUGGGUCCCUCCCCCGAGUAGGGAAGGGCAAUCGCAGUCUCUUACCCCAUCAACAGAGCAGGUUUCCUGCCCUUGCUCAGCCCCAGAUGGUGAAACUUGACUGGUUGGGAAACAGACCAGGAACGUGGUUGAGGGGAGCAAGAGGGGGAAGGACGGGGACUGGAUCCCACCUGACUGGGGUGCUUAGUAAAGUGUGGGGCAUACA